AUCUAUAAUCCGUAGUAGUCUCUUGAAACAACACAAAGUAGGAAAGAUAGUCCCAAGUAGAUAACGAAGAUGGCGUACAUCAUCAUCUUCAAAUCACUUCCGGCGCCUUCUCUCUCCUCAAGUUUUCUGCCCACCAACACAAUUUCUUCCAGUUCUCAAAUGGGGUCCUUUGUUUUCCCACAUUUAUCUCCUCAAUUGAAGCCUUCUUUCAGGAGUUUUUGCAAAGCUCAAACUACUCCAACUUUUGCUGUCUCAAGAAGGAAUGCAAUGGUGGGGCUUUUCUCUGGAUGCAUUGCUACACAAAUUAUAACUAACGACCGUGCACAAGCUCUACAAUCUGUUGGUUUCAGGGAGUAUAUAGAUUUUUUCGACGGUUAUUCCCUAAACUACCCUAAGAAUUGGAUUCAAGUGAAAGGUGCUGGGGCAGAUAUUUUCUUCAGGGAUCCUUUUGUUCUCGACGAAAAUCUUUUUGUGGAUAUAUCUUCACCCUCAUCAUCUAAGUACAAGAGUGUUGAGGAUUUGGGUCCACCAGAAGAAGCUGGGAAGAACAUGUUGAAACAAUAUCUAACAGAGUUCAUGUCUACCAGACUUGGUGUUCGACGUGAGUCAAAUGUUCUCUCCACAUCUUCUAGAGUUGCUGAUGAUGGGAGGCUCUAUUAUCAAAUUGAAGUGAACAUAAAGUCAUAUGCCAACAACAAUGAGUUGGCUGUGAUGCCUCAGGAACGUGUGGUUAGGAAGGAAUGGGAUCGAAGGUACCUUUCAGUUCUCGGGGUGGAAAACAACAGGCUGUAUGAGUUGCGGUUACAAGUACCCGAAGAUGUAUUCCGAGAUGAAGAAAACGACCUUCGUCAAGUAAUGGAUUCCUUCAGAGUGAACAAGAUUACUGCUUAAUUUAUUGUGUGGAAUUCAUUUUUUUUUUCUCAAUUUUUACACAAAAUUCAGUACAACAAAGCAAGUUUUAUGAUUCCAACUCCAUCCAUUGUCCUCCAUUUCCAAUCUCAAUGAGCUGUAUAAUUUUGAAUUACAUUAUUGCAAUGUUAAGCAGCUCUUCUGUAAUGAUCAUGAAUGCAAUUAGUUGUAUUUGCUGGUCUAUUUUAGCAGUUACUUCUACAUUUUAGAAUACA